GCGAAAAGAAAAUCUGUGUUCUCUUCUCGCCCCCAAAGUCUUUGAACCCUUUUUCGCCAAUUGCUACUUCUUCACUCUUCAUCUUCUUCCUUCCACUCACUCUCCAAACAACAUGCCCAAAAUAAUCGCUUUCAACGUUGAUUUUGUUUAGUUCGCGCCUAUUUUCUCCUUCAUUCAUAUUCUAGGGUUACACCGUUCGCCGCUUUCUGCCGGAAGCUCUCUUCUUUCAUUAUCUUCACGUGGUCGGUUGAUGGAAAGAUUAGCAAGGGUGUUCAAUAAUAACUUAUGGCAAUGGCUUUCUAUUCCACUACAAGAGCAAUUGGGCAUAAGCAAAAAUUCAUGGAAAUAAGUCAAUUUUAAUAUUCAAGCUUGUUUUGAAGGAUUUAUGAGAAAACUAUAAUUCAUCAAACACAAGGAGAAUGAAUCAUGGACAAAGUGCUUGUGAACUUUAUUUUCCUUCGAAUUGUGGAUGAUUACUUGGUGAAGGGAGAGAUGUACGGAUUAAAAAGUUGACCUCAUGACUCAUUAGUCAUUGAAGAAUAAAUAUGAUUUUUCAGGAGGGUUUCCAAGAGUAGUAGCAUGACUGAUCUACUUUUAUGGAUGAUGUCCACUUCGAGCAUUGUAAAUUUAACUUACUCAAUGUGUAACUCCCAUCUACUUUGUGACCUUUAAGUGGCUUUGUCAUGGAAGUCCACGUGAGUGAUCUCUCAUACUAGUAGUGACUAAUGUUCCAUAAUUUGUGACAAAUAAGGUGGAUGAAACAUUGAGGGGGAAAGAGGAUUUCACAUGGGAAAGAGCUAAAGUGGAGUGUGGUUGUCACCCUUCAGUGAGUUGGAAGAGGCUUCUUUGCUUGUUUAUUUUCGCUGAAAAUGGAAAUGGUUGUUAGGCUCCUAAGGGAAAUAGAGCAAUUGAAUGUAAUAUUAUCUAAUGCUAUGUGACAUGGCUAAGAAAGAAAUGUCAGAGGUGUGACUGGAGGAGGAUAUUGAUAGAAAAUCUAACAGGUUCUAUUUAGAGACUUGUUAAAGCAUGUUUUCUCUUACAAGCUAAAGGAAGAUGGAAUUGUGUGUUUGGCUAGAAUCAUCAAAUUAUUUUGGCCAAGUUAGUUUUGCUGGCCAUUUGGAAGGAUGGGUUCAAUUAGUUAUGUUAUAUGUUUCAAGGAAUAGAAUGGCAAGAAGUAUGAAAAUUCAACAAAACUACUGUAGGGUUGGAGUUGAUUGAAAUUCCCUAGUUGCCUCCACUUGGUCUGGUGGUUGUGAGAGACCCAUUCUACUCUUCUAUCAUUGUUUAGUCGGUAAGGGUAUUUUGGAAAAAUUUCCUUCUUCUAGACCUUCAUGUAUUCUCGGUUGUCGUUUAUUCGUGAUUGGAAUGGGGGAUGGAUUUUAGAACAAACUUAACUGAUUUUGAGGUGGAAUAGUGGGCUUUGUUGUCUCAUCUGUUAUCUAAUAUCAGAAACUGAUUUUGAGGUGGAAUAGUGGGCUUUGUUGUCUCAUCUGUUAUCUAAUAUCAGACCCGAGUGAGUGACCAAAAAGAUUCUAAACUAUAGACCCUUGAGAUUUCUUUUCCUCUUUUGCCCAAGCUGACUCCUUAUGAAAAAGCCUUAGGUUCCUAGCUUGUUGACCUAAUUUAGCAAGCCUCUUGUACAACAAACGUAAGGGUUUUCUUGUGGAUUUUCCUUGUUGAAAACUUGAUCCAUGUAUACAACUCGUCCCUUAUAUGCAAAUUAUGAUCUAUGCAAGCUCUUAUGGAAAAUGAAAAAAAAAAAAAAAAAAAGGAAAAAUGUAUUAGUCUUAAGGAAAAUGAUAAAAAAAAAAGGUGUAGAAAUCUUCUUGGUGUCACUAACGAUCAUCGUUUAGUCCACUUGUUGAAAAGUUUGCAAAUGACGGUGAAAUUUUUUCUUCAUAUGAUGUUUUUCUAGAGUAUCACAUAAUACAUGUGGGUUUGAUUCAAGUUUAUGACCUUUGUUGAGAGUUGUGAUGCGUUGAGUGUUGAGCCAUGCUCGUGUUAUCUUGAUCGAUUUGUUUAUUGUUAAGUGUCCUUGUAAUUUUAGUCCACACUUUACAUGUAAAGAAAGAUAGGAUGACCUUUCAGGCAACUUAUGUUAUUGGCAGUUAAGAAGAAAGAAAAGAAGGGCUUUCUUUGCUUGUUUUCCAAUGGUGAAGACUCUUAAGAAGGAAUGAAUUGAAUCAAGUGAUCGAUGAACUUAGGCUUUUAAAAAUGCACUUGAGAAGAUGAAAAGCUUUAGUAUUAAUUUUUCUUGCUCAGCUAAAAGGAUAAAGUUAUUUGCAUGGUAGAGAACUAAUGGAUUUUGAAAAUGUUUAUAAGUUGCCCUCCUCUUAGAAGCACCGACGCUUCUAGGAUGGCCAAAUGUUAGUGUUGGACACGUUUCCCAACAUGACCCCGACAUGUCAGCUUGAUCAUUUUUAAUUUCGGACACGGCCAAGUCACGACCCCGACACAGCUGGAAAAAAAAAACGCAAAGAAAUGGUUAGAAAAGCCCAUUAGCCCGACCCAACAAUUAUUAGGUUGUAUCUUUUUAAUUUAUUUUUUUAUAUCUUUUCUCACACAUUUCUCCCCUCUCAGUCAAUUUUUUCAAAUUCUCACUGCCAACCCUCUCUGCCCUAACCUGCUCGCUAGUUGCUGCCCAACUCUCUCUGUCCUAACUUGUUAUGUCUUAUGGCUCUAAACGUGUAUUUUGAUGUUUUUAAUUGGAAUUUUCUCAAUAUGUUUAUGUGCAUGACAUAUAUUUAAUCUUUUUUACUAAAAAAAUCGACGUGUCCUACUUUUUUGAAAAAUGGUGUGUUGCCUUGUCGGAUGUCGGUAUCUAUGCUUCCUAGGUCCUCCUAGCGAGUGGGUAUGCUACAUUUUACUAGUAUAGUUGAAACAACUUUAUGGGAAGCUUUUAAGUACAACAAUUGGGGUUGGGGGACUCAGACCUCCCACCUCUUGGAUGUUGGAUGGGAGGUCUUGCCCAUUAUUGCUGAGCUAAGCUUGCGUUGGUUUAAGAAGUUAGAAAUGCAUCGUUGUGUCCUCAUAGCAAAAGAAAACUGUUUCUAAUUUCAAUCCAUAGCAGAAUCUGCAAGGCAACAAUCGGGUAGGUGAGGGAAUUCGAGCUACGUAACAUACUGAAAAAGGACUCAAAGGAGAACCUUUUUGAAGGUCUAGGAAUCUAACAUGGAUCACCAAAUAGAAGGCAUAAGAUUUAAUAUGUCUGUUUCUUUUGUAAGGUUAGUCUCUGGUUAUAUAAAAAAAUUAGGUAGGAUUUUGGGGUUGGUAACCUGUGAAGAAAAUACCUCUAGUUUUGCUGGAAAGCAAUUUUUUUUAGCUUUAUUUUCCUUUGAUAUAAUUUUCGGAAAGAGAUUUCCCUUGGCAUUUAACAGAUGCCAAUGUAAACCUAUUUCGAGCAUUAAUCACUUUUCAUUCAUUAAUGAAAAGUUUUGUUUUCGUUUAAAGAAAUAAUGUCAAUUUAACUGGUGAUAGUGGUUACUAAUUCAGUGUGAACUAAUAACCAUUUUCUUAUGAAAUUCAAGUCCUUGGGCUCUCUAGGUUUUAUUUGAAGGGUUUUUUUUUUUCAUGAGAUAUAAUUAUUGCAUCAGUCACGAGACUAUGAUAGUGCUUAUAGAGAUGUUAUAGCGUCUAGUUUCAUCAACAAUGCAUAUGCUUUUUUGAUUGAUGUUCUGCUGUUCUCCUCUUCAUGUUAUACUCGACUGUUUUCCUUGUUUGUGAUAUUGAUCAUAUCUCUGUUAACAUGAAAUGUCACGUUUUAUGAUGUGCUGUUGGAUUAGUUACUUUGUCAAAUUGGUUUAUAUUCCCAUAUUUUCUCUUCCCAUCAUGAUGGGGUUGUACCAUGUAUUUUGCUAGACGUUUUACGAUGAUUUUGAGCAAAUUCCAUCUAUGAUUAUUUGAAGUUUGGUUGGUACUUGGUAGGUAGGGGUGGCGUAUUUACUGGCAAGAAAUUUCUGUUAUUUUAUGAAUACUAGUUAUAUGACUGAUAACAAGUGAGGAAAUUCGUUUUAAAAACAAUGCUUAGGUAAUAAAAUGUUGCUUUUCUUUAUAUUCUGGCUACACAAUGAGAUUACAUGCUGGGUUUUUCUUCUCUAUGUAAUUGGGGAAUCCCAUUCGUUCAGUGCUAAUGUGUUGGAUGAUUUGUAAUUAGGUAACAGAAUACUUCUGAAUGAGCUUAGGUAAUUUCAAUGGGGAAAUGUAGUCUAAUCUAUUCUUUGCUGAAACUCAACCAAUUCAAUCUAUAUGAAAUAACUUGGAUUUGACAACGAAGUGGGGAGUACUUGCCAUUAAAUUUAACUUAUUUUCAUCCUGCCUUCAGAUUUUACUAUAUUUAGGAGAAAAUCCUUAGAGUUAUGAGUGGAAGUAGCAAAAAACGCACGUCAAAAUGGGAUUUGAGAGAAGAUUCUCAUGUUGAAACUAUCAUUGGCCAAGAACAUGGUUGGCCUGGAAAAGAAUCACGUCCGGGCUGGAUUUCUCCUGAACUUGCAGGUGAUGAUGGUUCAAAGUGGUCUGGUAUGGAGACCACCAUUGGCAUUUCAAAACCUAAGCAAGAUUGGGGAUUGCUGUCGAAGGAAUCUUUACCUGGAACCAGAGCUUCACAUAAGGAGGAUUACACUAAUAAAGGCUAUAAUAAAGAUAUGGAAGGGACUGCUGAAUGGGAUGCUGAUGAUAAAAGCUACAGCACAAGAAUGUCUCCUGGUCUAGAUGAAUGGAGAAGACAUAGAUCUAGCCUGUCUGAUAGAAAUGAUGGGAGCAGGUCAGUGAGGGGUAGGAGUAGAAGCCGGAGUUGGAGUAGAAGCCGGAGUAGAAGUAGAAGUCCUCAUAGUUUUAAGCGGGACUCAGGAUUUCAUGAUAGAAACAGAAACAGAUCGCGUGUUUCAACUCAACUGUGCAGAGAGUUUGUUUCUGGAAGAUGCAGACGAGGUAAUGGAUGUCAAUUUCUUCACCAGGACAAUCAAAAUAUGGAUGAUAGCUGGGAAAGUAGGAACAGGAAGGGGGGCCGAUCUUUAAGAUCUACCCCUCAUGAUUUUAGGGACUAUCCCAGGAGUGGAAGAGCAGCUGCUCAAUGUACUGAUUUUGUGAAGGGAAGGUGUCAUAGGGGCGCCUCUUGCAAGUAUCCUCACGACAGUGCAUUUCAUGAGCUAGCACGAGGUUCUCCAAAUGAUAUUAGUAGAGACAGGGAAAAUGAUAGGAGUAAAGAAGCCUACUUUUCACGUGGUGAGCGUGAACCUGGCAAUAGCAGUUUGGUUAUCUGUAAAUUUUUUGCUGCUGGAACUUGUCGUAAUGGGAAAAAUUGCAAGUUUUCUCAUCAUAGCCAGUCACGUGCAAGUCCAGAGAGGAAAUCAAGUACUGAUAGGUGGGAACAGGUCCAAUUUUCAGAUGGUAGGGAACGGUUGUGGGAUGGCACAAAAUCGAGUGAAUUGGCCAGUGCUUCAGAUUUCUCUCAGUUGAGAGAGGACAAAGGUGAACAAAUUGCUAGUCAAGAACCAAGUUAUACAUGGGCUUCGGAACAAAAAUGGGUUCAUGGUUUGAAUAAUGAGAGCAAAACUCAGUGGGAUCAAACUGUUGGCAUAAAGGCAGUUCAAAAUAACAAAAACGAUACCAUUCUGAGCAAGGCAGAGGAUGCAGGUGGUUGCAUAGGCACUUCUGACCCUAGAGGUCACAGAAAGUGGCCAAGUGAUGAUAUGGAGAUGUCUCCUGAUUGGCACUACCCUGUGCAACCAUCCAAUCAUGUGGUGAAAGGUGAUUGCAACAUUGUCCCAGAUUCUGGCUCUAAAACUUCCAUAGCUUUAGCCACUCUUAGCCAUGCGAUAGUUCAAGAGGCUCUGGCUAAGAAGCAAGACAUUGCCAUAGAGCCUAUAACAGCUGAUAAUACUCAUUUUCGGCAAAACCAUAAUCUAACAAAAGAUGUUACUAGUGCAUCAGCAUUCAAUGAUAAGAUUACAAUCGAAAAAACUAUUGCUUCACAUGCUGAAGGCAAUCCUUCUAGUAACACUGUCCUCGGACAAAGAAUGGCAUAUCACACUGAUCAUCCAGGAGGAACUGUAUUGAAUCCGAAAGUUUCAGAUGGAAAUUUCAGAGUCAAACAGCAGGAGGAUGAUGGAAGUGUGCCUGGGAUUAAUUCUGGAACAACUAUCACUCCAAACAUAGUAACUAGUGAACAAAUUACCCAAUUAACUAACCUCUCAGUCUCUCUUGCACAAUAUUUUGGAAAUGUGCAACCCUUGCCUCAAUUAUACAACUCUCUUAAUACGCAGAGUGUUUCAGAAACAGCUUCCUUCCCUUAUUCUGAUGCAUCCACGGGUGCUUUGGGGCUACCAACGAAGUCAGGUCCUGUAGUUGAAUCCUCAAAGCAACAUGAUUCUGCUCUCUGUAAUAGCUUGGAGCUUAAGAAGUUUGAAGUCACUAAAACACCUUCAGACUGUUUGCCAAAUGCUGCUGGACAGAAAAGCACUACAGAAGUGAAGGAUGAAGUACAGAUGCCAAAUUUACCUCCAUCUGAUCCUCGUGACAAGGUUGACAUCUCUGCUAAAGAAACUUUACAUAGGAGUGAUGCAAUAAAUCAUGCGAAGCCUGCUGCCGAUGGUGAGGCUACCAAAGAGAAAAAUGGUGAUGGGGAUAAUGAGAACAAGACUGACCCAGAGGAUUCUCAAGAGAAUGAUACUACAGAAAAUGCAAAUGGGAAUGAUGGGGCCCAUGAUAAGAAGAAAGGUAAGGAUGCCAAGGGAAUUCGUGCCUUUAAAUUUGCACUUGUGGAAUUUGUCAAGGAACUUCUAAAACCUACAUGGAAGGAAGGUCAUAUCAGCAAAGAUGUUUAUAAAACCAUAGUCAAGAAAGUGGUGGACAAAGUGACAGGUACCUUGCAGGGGGGUCAUAUUCCUCAAACGCAGGAGAAAAUUGAUCACUACCUUUCAUUUUCAAAAUCAAAGCUCACUAAACUUGUUCAGGUAACUACAAUUUUCUAUUCAAUUGAGUUUUCUUUAUUGUUUUCCACCCUACUUCAUACUCUGCACUGGACAGUUGACUAUUUUUCUUGGUUUAUCGUAUUUUUCAUUACUUCAGUGAAGAUCUCUUGAUGUUUAAGUGAUGAUAUGAUAACUAUAAAUUUAUUAUUGUUGUUGUUAAUAAUGAUAAUAAUAAUUUCCACACCAACACAAACAUUAAAAGGAAUAUUGUAUUUUUCUAAGCAGUGGUUGGAAGUAAUCGGCCCGCUGUUUUUCUUAUUACAUUGGUAUUUGUAAUAUCUUUACCUUUUGGCCUCAGGAUGGGAGGCAAUGAAUUUAGAAGCGCCGAUAUCUCCUCUCCUAUUAUCUAGUUUAUGAUUUUUUUAGAAAAGGAAACAAUGGAUUACUUAGUUUAAGUACUAACUCUUUUAGACUCGAUAGAAAUGAUGGUUGCAUUUGUUUGAAUACAAUUCUUUUCUUGUACAAUAGUAGUAGGAGUAUGCACAUACUCAAGAUCCAGAUGUAGCUUUGUUUUCUUAUCUCCAAAUAAAUAACUGGAAUGGCUGAUAUUCAUAUUCGUUUUAUGUUUCACUGUGUUAUUUCACAAUCCACAUUAGGUUAGGAAAAUUUUUCACAUUUCAAUUCACGAUCUAACUGCAUUAAUUUAAGAUUGAUGAAAAUAGAGUUCAAGCUGUAUAGAACUGGCCUAACCCUUCAACAGGUAAACAAGUGCAGAGCUUUUUGAAAUCGUAAGCAUUGUAUAGUUCAAGUGCAGUGCUUGAAGAGAGGGAACUUCUAUCGGUGUUGAAUCAUUGUUAAGAGAAAAGAUGAUUCUCAAUGUUGAACCAUGCCAAGGUCACCCUUAUUUAUUAUUUCAGAUGUGUGAACGCUUGGCGUAGCAACUUUGCUGUUUAGGUGCGACUGUUGGGGACAUUAGUCUGUGUACCCCUAAUCCGUAGUAAAUAUACCUCUUACAACCUCUUCGCUCUUGUUGUAAUUGACUCAUAGUAAAACUUCAAGUUUCAUUA